AUGGGCAACAUCUGCUCCCGUUCUUCUAAUCAGGCAGACCCAUUCAGCCAACCGGGCCGUGUAGUCGGUACUAGCUCAGGGAGUACUGCCGCACCCCGCGCCCCACUUCCGGCCAAGACAAACUGGAAGGCUACACCCGGUCGCACUCUGGGUGAGGGCACUACAGAUGCUAGUACUGCCGGAACGGAUGAGGCCCGUGCAAAUGCUGCAAUUGCCGCACAGAAACGCGCCGAAGGUGCCUCUGCCAAUAAAGGGAAAUUGGGAGCAAAGCUAGCUGCACAGAAAGCACAGACCCAAGCACAGACAUUGGAUCAAGUCAGUCGUACAGAGAGGGCUGCACGAGAUGUAGAUGGGGCUGAAGCCACAAGGAGAUGGGAAUAG